CAAACAAAACAGAUCGAACAAACGCUGACGAAAUUCAGUUGAUUUAAAAACGUUAAGCGCGAAACACGACAAAACAAGCGAGCGAUCGAGCAAACUGGUAGUGAACAAAUAACAUACCCACGGUUAGAGUUCAAAACAAAAUUUAUCAAUUAGAAGAGUAAGCGACAGAAGACACCAAAAACAACCACAACAAGGUGAUCAGGGAAUUACACCCCAUCAGCCACGAUGGCUACGAAUGAUAGAAAUAAAAUUAAUUGCAUGUUAUUUGCAAUUGUCAUACUGCUGCUUAGCCAUGAUCUUAGUGUAGAGGCCAAGCGUAUCUACAGUUCCAGCAGUGGCAGGCGUUCCUCGAGCUCAUCAUCUUCCAGUGUAAGACGCAACAAUAACAACAGUAGACCUAGCUCGUAUAGUGGAGGUAGCAGUAAUACGCAUUCCAAUCCCUCGCUGUCCCACACGGGUUUGUCUUCCCUCAGCUAUGCCGGUUACAAUCAGCAGGCAAAUAAGCGACCCAGCUCUACUAAUACCCAUGUGACAAACACCCAUGUCAGUAACACUCAUGCCUCCCCAGCUCGUCCUACAGUAACACCGGUAGGUUGGAAUGUUCCUCCCAAGCCUCAAGGGCCACCACCUGCUUAUUCUCCAACAAAUACUGUGGGUGGAGCCAGGACCAAUAUUAAUGAAAAGUCGCCAGCCUAUAAUCCUAACUAUGCAGCACCGCCCAGCUAUUCUCAAGCCACAAAUACGAAUAACAGACCCAGUUACCCUUCAUCACCAACCAACACAAAUAAUAGGCCAAGCUAUCCGCAAACUCCUACCAACACAAACAAUAGACCCAUAACACCGGCGACCACCUACAAUCAGCAGUCGUCAAAUUAUAAUCGCAAUCGUUAUAACUCCACCGGUAGUUUUGGCUCAGGGGGUAUGCAUACCCCCAUAACGGCAACCAAUGUCAAUAAUGUGCAAUCUAGCUAUCCACGUCAACAGCAAGGAGUUGUCACACACUAUCCUUCAAGCUCUUCAUUACCUGCUGGUGCCACUUAUCAUCCAUCAGGUCAAUUGCCUGCCGGAGCUACAUAUCAUCCAGCUGGACAGUUUCCUGCCGGUGCCACUUACCAUCCGGCGGGACAAUUCCCUGCGGGGGCUACUUACCAUCAGCCUGGUCAUUUACCAGCGGGAGCUAGCUACUAUCCUUCGCAAUCUGCUUUGCCUGCUGGUGCUACUUACCACAGCCCUGGUGCUUUGCCUCCAGGUGCUACCUAUUACCCAGCACCUCCUCCCAUGGGAGCGCCAGCACCGGUUUACUAUCCAUCAGCUGCUGCUUUGCCAGCUGGAGCUACUUUCUUGCCAGCUGGUUCUGCUAUACCGGCAGGUGCCACCUUCAUACAGCAGCCACAGAAAUCGUCAUCGGGUCUAGGAUUUGGAAGCGGAUUACUUGCUGGCGGCUUAACUGGUGCCAUUUUGGGUCAUGCCCUGACACCCACUCACACCAAAGUCGUUGAACACGUUCCAAGCUAUGGCGGUGGCGGCGGAUAUGGAGGCGGCGGCGGUGGCGGUGGAUCUGCACCACAAAACGAUGACAAGAUUAUCAUUAUCAAUAAUGGUCCUCCAGGCUCGGUUACCACCACAGAUGUAGGUGGCGCCACUGUUAUAACUACUGGUGGAGGUCAAGCACCUGCGGCAGCUCCGGCUCCAGCACAAGCCCCAGCAGCAGCUGCACCCAACUAUUAUCAACAGCCUGCUGCCAAUCUGGCUCCUUUGAAUCCCACAUAUCCCGAUCCUAACAAUCCUGCUCCAGGAACAAUGCCCAUAAAUGCCAUGAAUGUGCCACCGGUUAAUUCUCCCGCUCCAGCUGAAGGUGCUCCUGUAGCUGUGGGUGCUGCUGCUGGGGCCAUUGCUGCUGCCGGAGUAGCUGCUGCAAGUGGUACACCAGAAGCUACGCCAGCCCCAGCAGUCGCAGCUGCUCCAGGUGCCCCUGCGGCUGGUGAACAACCACCUCCAACUGGAGGUAUUAUUUGCGUUCCCAUUAAAGCACUCGAACCCGAUCCCAAAGACAGCACAAAAACUAUAGAGGUUGAACAAAUUGCCUGCUAUAAUGCUCCUCCACCAGAGGCAACCCCAGUUCCAGCUGCCGCUACUGUAACAGAUGCACCCACGACUGCAGCACCCACCAGUGCGAUACCCACAAGUGCCACACCACUUGCCUCCGAGGCGCCAAUACAACCCAUGGCCCAAGGUGUAGCAUUGGCUCCGCUUCAAACUACACCCGUUACAGUACCAGAGGGCUCAGUGGCUCUGGCACCAUACAAUCCCUCAUCAGCGCCAGAUAUUAUAAGAGUGCCAGGAUACAACUAAUCAUAGUCUAUCUGGCUUUUGUAACACAAACCCAUUUGCAGAUUACUCGAUGUGCUUGAAAUGUAGUUUGCCCAAAAAUUUUAUACACUUUUAUUUGCAGAAUAAAAUAAUAUUUUUAAAUAAAAUGUUUACUUCAGUAACCAAUCAAA